GGGGGCAACUUGGACCGCCUGGCCCGGUUCCUGUGGUCUUUGCCCCCGAGCGAUCUGCUACGUGGCAACGAGAGCUUGAUGAAAGCCCGGGCGCUGGUGGCUUUCCACCAGGGCAUUUACGCCGAGCUCUACAGCAUCCUGGAGAGCCACAACUUCGACUCGUCCAACCACCCGCUGCUGCAGGAGCUGUGGUACAAAGCUCGCUACACCGAGGCGGAGCGAGCCCGGGGCAAACCCCUGGGGGCGGUGGACAAGUACCGGCUGCGGAGGAAAUACCCCCUGCCCCGCACCAUCUGGGACGGCGAGGAGACGGUGUACUGCUUCAAGGAGAAGUCCCGCAACGCCCUCAAGGAGCUCUACAAGCAGAACCGCUACCCCUCGCCGGCCGAGAAACGCAACCUGGCCAAGAUCACCGGGCUGUCUCUCACGCAGGUCAGCAACUGGUUCAAGAACCGCCGCCAGCGGGACCGCAACCCGUCCGAGACGCAGUCCAAAAGCGAAUCAGACGGCAACCCCAGCACGGAGGAUGAGUCCAGUAAGGGGCAGGAGGAUUUAUCCCCGCAUCCGCUCUCUAGCUCGUCCGACGGAGUCACCAGCCUCAGCCUUCCCAGCCACAUGGAGCCCGUCUACAUGCAGCAGCUUGGAAACACUAAAAUAGCCUUGAGCUCAUCUGGUGUCUUGUUGAAUGGGAACCUCGUGCCUGCCAGUAGUUCUCCUGUCUUUCUCAAUGGUAGCUCUUUUCUUCAAGGACCCAACGGUGUCAUUCUCAAUGGACUCAGCGUGGGGGCUUCCCAGCCGGUGACUUUAAAUUCACCCAAAACCACUUCAAGUGCUGUGAGCAAUGGGGUGUCCAUCACUGACAUCAUGUCAUCUUCUUCAGAAGAUGUGAAGGACUUCAAACUCCUCCAGGCUUCAGUCCCCAAUACAGCAGCAGACACAUUCAGCCCCAGCAACAUACCGGUGUCCUUCCCGGGAUUGAUACCGAGCUCAGAAGUGAAAAGGGAAAGCACACAAACUGUUGCUUCCCAAGAUGGAGGCUCUGUAGUUACUUUUACUGCUCCUGUCCAAAUAAACCAGUAUGGCAUUGUCCAGAUCCCCAAUUCAGGAACAAAUGGCCAGUUGCUGAACGGAAGCAUCGGUUUUUCUUCUCUGCAGCUGCCUCCUGUUUCUGUGGCAGCUUCUCAAGAUAACGUUUCGGUAAAUUCUAGCACAUCAGAUGGAGGAACUUUCACAAGUGACUCUUCGACGGUGCAACAAGGAAAGGUUUUCUUCAGCCCCCUCGCUCCGAGCGCCGUCGUUUAUACAGUUCCCAAUUCAGGUCAGGCGGUGGGAUCCGUCAAGCAGGAAGGACUGGAAAGAAGCCUUGUGUUUUCUCAGUUAAUGCCGGUCGGUCAGAACGCGCAACUCAAUGUAAACAUGUCUUCUGAAAAUAUAUCUAGCGGAGGACUGCAGUCCCUGGCCUCCUCGUUAGUGAAUGUAACGCCCUCACAUAAUUUCUCCCUCACGCCACCGACUCUUUUAAAUGCUGCAGAGCUGAGCUCUGGUAUCUCUGAGAGCCAGUCCAUGUCAUCGCCCGUAACCAGUACCUCUACCGUGAUAUCUAUCAGCAACACUAACUAUGCAACUCUUCAGAACUGCUCCCUCAUUACCGGUCAAGAUCUGUUGUCCAUUUCUACAGCACAGCCCGCACUUGGAGAAAUCGUUUUUACGACCGGCGACCGCGUGAGCCAUCCGUCUGCACAAGUACACCAGGAUUUUGUCCGAGAGCACAGGUUGGUUCUGCAAGCUGUACCAGACGUCAAAGAGAAUUUCUUGCCUAAUUCGGAAAGCAAAUCAACUGGCAAUUUAAUGAUGCUGGAUUCAAAAUCCAAGUAUGUUAUGAGUAACAUGGUUGACACGGUUUGUGAAGAACUGGAAACGGACAAAAAGGAACUUGCCAAACUGCAGACAGUUCAGAUGGAUGAAGAUAUGCAAGACUUAUAAUUUUGUUUCUUGCUUUCUGUUUCAGUAGAUAAGACUCCUGUUGAGGCCCUAAGAAGCACCAAGUGGAGUGGCUUUUUUGUUGUUUGGUUUUUUUUGUUUUUUUUUUUAAGUAAAACAGAAGAACAUUUAAAUGGUCUGAAUUGAUGUACAGAGGAAUCUCUGGCAACGGGUCUCGGUUGCCGCACUCGGUUUGCAUGCAGUAUUCUCUUUUAAGCAGAUUAAAGGAGAAAGGAAACGCCAGGGGAAGUACCAAGCAAAUGGGUACAGGUUUGGCUACUGCUACUGCGCUGAUAACGUAACUAGAUUCUCUGUAGUGCAACAUA